UUGGUGGAGUUAGUCGCAGUGGUGUAAGGAGUGGACCGUGCGUGAAUUUUUUUCAGCUGAAGUUGCGGUUGGAAUUUAAAAAAAAAACCCUACAGUAUAUAUAUACACACGCUGGUGCUUCGCGAGAGAAUCCUUCAGCAGCCGUACGGGCCGUGGGCUUGGGCAGAGCACGCUCUAUAGCGCGAAGAACAAGCCAAGAGGAAAGGAAGAAGAAGGAACGGAGGAGGAAGAGGAGCAGUGUAGGCGGCUGCACUGAGUGCACAAAGAAGUAGGCGCUGCUCCUGCUGCUGCUCCUGCUGCUGCUGCUGUGUUGUUGGACGAUUCAACGAGACGCGCGUCUCGGGCUGCGUGGUGGGCUGGCGGAUCAGCAAGAGCCGCCUUGGAGAGCGACGCGCGUGUCUCGAGACAAUGACAGCGGCGGUGGCGGUGGUAGCAGUUGCGUGACAACGACAAUGGGAGAGCGUCAGGGCGCAAACAUCCACCCACCACCCACCCACCCCCAUCAUCACCACCACCAACCCUGCGGAUCUCCCUCUUGUGCUGCUGAGUGAGUAGUUGCAGCAGCGGCAGCGGCGGCGGCAGCGAUGUGAACGAAGGGCAAAGAACGCGCCCGAGCCACACUCUGUGCACGACGCCGCUGCUGCUUGUCGUGUCGCCCCCAACCAAGCCGAUACUUUUACGAACGCCGCAACUUGUCUGCAUCACCCCAACCACCAAGCAAGAGUGCGUCCGAUCAUAAGCUGACGGAUGGUUCCAGUGGGUGGGCUACCUUAUACAGGACACAAAGUGCAACCUAAUCAUUGUGUUGCGACAGUGACACAAGCAGGGCUCACAACCCAUAUUAUCUCUUGGUCUUGAAGCACAUUUUCCCGUAGCUGCUGUUAACAUUAUUUUGCUGGGAUCUACAUCAUUGAAUCGAAAUGCCUUCAAGAGCAUAGCUCCUUGGGCACAUGUCUGAUGGCUUGGUGAAUGACGAACAAGACGAAGAAUGAGAACCAGAAUUAAGCACUUCAUCGUUCUUCUGCUCAUUGCCGUCCUGGUCAUCAUAGAAAAGGAAAACCAUGUCAUUUCAAGGGUCACGGAAAAGUUAUCUGAAAAUUCCAUCAGUGGUAAAGUGUUUUCAUACAAUGAGCCGAAUUCCAGGAGUAUGGCGUCUCAAAACUCAUCUUUGUCCACCGCUGCUGUAUCGAUGACCAACGACGCAAGCUCACCGAGACCUCGAGCCGACAGAAACGGCACGGUCAGGGCGGCACGCCGCCUCGCGCCGCAUCAGACCAACGUGUCGUCCGUUCCGCCGAAGCCCAGCAGGAAGCACAUCGUGCUGCUCACCACCACGAGGACGGGCUCCUCCUUCAUUGGCGAGUUCUUCAACCAACACAAGGGGAUGUUCUACCUAUUCGAGCCGUUCUGGCACGUGGAGCGCACCGUCAAGCUGGCGGGGCCCUACACGGCCAGCGCCACCGCCCUGUCCAUCGUGUACCGCGACGUCCUGCGGCAGCUGCUGCUGUGCGACGUCCCGUCGCUCGAGGGCUUCCUGGAGCCCCCGCCGCAGGAGCACGUGACGGGCGCGCUCUUCCGCCGCGGCUCCAGCCAGGCGCUGUGCGAGGAGCCGGCGUGCGGCGGCGGAGUCGGUGGCAGGGCCAGCAGCAGCAGCAGCACGGGGAGUACGCGCGAACGCUUCCCGUGCCGCAUGCGCCGCUGCGAGGCUCUAAACCUGACGCUGGCGGCGCAAGCCUGCCUGCUCAGGGAGCACGUGGCCAUCAAGACGGUGCGCAUCCGAAACCUGCCCACGCUGAGGGCAGUCGUCGAUGACCCGCGGCUUGACGUCAAGAUAAUCCAGCUGGUGAGAGAUCCACGGGCCGUGCUGGCCUCUCGCAUGGUGGCCAUGCCAGGGCAGUAUGAGGCCUGGGAGAAGUGGAAGCUGACCGGGGCCAAGCCAGACGACCUGGACAUCAGCCGCAUCAAGAACACCUGCGACAACAUGAAAAUCACAGCAGAGAUGGGGUGGAGCGGCGGGCAGUGGCUGCGCGGGCGCUACAUGCUCGCGCGCUAUGAGGACGUGUCGCGGGAGCCGCUCGCCAAGGCGCAGGAGAUGUACCGCUUCGCCGGCGUCGACAUGGAUGCCUCCGUGGUGCGCUGGAUCGAGAGGAACACGCGCGCCACCGAGCCCAUGGUGGCCGUGAAGAGGGUGCUGGACAUCGGUGACGUCUUCUCGACCGCGCGCAACUCGGCGAAGCAGGCGGAGCGCUGGCGCCUCUCCAUCCCGUUUGCAUUCGUGCAGGCCGUGCAGGAGGUGUGCGCCCCGACGUUGAGAAUGUUUGGCUACCGCCUGGCCACAAGCGCCCUGGAUCUCGCCAACAUGAACGUCAGCCUCGUGGAGGAGCACAUCCUUGGCGUGCCAACCUAGAGCAGAGUGGCAACCGCUGCCGCUGUUGCUGCUGCUGCAGAAUGCCUGCCACCCGUUUGGUAAUGUCUGAAGUUGUCGGAGAUGACCGCAGCCAUGGUUGGACAUUACCAUAAUUCACACAGUGGAAAAAGACACUCUUCUCUAAGGACCUAUGGCCAUAUGGCUGGACACCCUCCUCAUUGAUUACCAUUUUAUGGGCUGAGAUCUGACCCACCAUGAUAUAAGAUCACAGCCAAAUAAUCUCCAUCUAGGUUUGGCUUUUACACGCCAGCCCGAUAGAAGUAUGGGCCAAAGUAGCACUUUUUGGAAGCCUGAAUUUAUUUCCUGGCUUCAGCACUAUAACUUUGGACCUGGCUAACCUUGAUUAGUCAUGUGAGAUUGUACAUAGGACCCACCCUGGCACACAUAUAUUCUGUUUUGAAAUGAGCUGAAGGGAUCCAUGUGGAUAUUUAAUUCACAUCUACCAUCUGCUAUGAUGCAUAGUGUUUACCUGUUAGCGGUUUAUGAAUGAGAGGUUGAAAUCAAGGUUUCUUACGUGUGAAAACGUGCAUAUGUCAAAAAAUAUAUUUAAAUAUAUCUAAUGAAAAUCACAAAAUUGUGAGUUUUUAGAUUUAUACCAAACAUAGAAUCAACAAUUCAAUACUCGAGUAAAUUAAUGAAAACUACAUGUUGUUUGACACUGAAAACCUGACUUCCAUUAUCACUAAGACAUUAAUUUGUUAUAUUAUCAUUAAGCUACAUGGGUCCCAUGGUGGCAAAAUGGCUCAGCACUCCAACCUCGUAUCUGCCACCACUUUGUAGGUUUGAAUCUAAGCAAAGCUUGCCGUGAAUGGAUGUGGUUUUCGAGUGCAGUUGGCUGACAGUCUCACCGCAGUUACAACUGACCACGUUUUGCAUUUAAUUUGGCUAAAUUGCUGCUCUAAGAAUCGAGGAUAUUGGUUUGAACAGCAUGGGAUGCACAUUUAUCUCUGUAGCUGGGCAGGUAGGAAAGUGCUGCCCCUAUACUGUAGAAAAUAGGUCAGUUCUGCAACAUCUCCUUCUAUGGACCAUUCUCGAACAUAAGAGGAUGCAAUGCUCUUCGAGAUUUCAGAAUGGGUUAUUCGUCUCAUGAAAAAGCACAUUUGUAAUAGAUUCUUGGAAAAAGACAAUAAUGACAUUAAUUACCACAUCAGUAUCAUGGGACCUCCUUUGCCAGUACCAAAAUAUGAUAACGUUUUUCCCAUUUUUUCUGGCAACAAAACAAAAGACACUAAAACACCAUGUUUUUGUUUGAAUUGUGACCACAAGAAUUGUGGUUAAUGCAGACAUGAUUCCUUGUAAAAGGUUUCAGUUUGGUGUUUUAGCGUCUGCCAGAAAAAUGGGGGGAAACCUGUUAUCAUACAACAUCAGUCCCACACUGAGACCAAUUUAUUUUGCAUUUUGGACUCUGCUAUUCUGGUGUGUAGACAAAAAUAACCAGUGUCAUUGUGUAAAACUAUAACUAGGAAGCUAAUGGGUUAGGAAAUCCAUGCUUAGUAUGCAAACAUGAAAUGCAUAAAAUGACCUGCCAUCAAAGACAGAAAGACAAAUUAAGUCACGGGGUGACUGAUGUUUGCUUGUUUGGCACAAUCUUCACAAUCACCCCAUAUCGAUGUACUUUGACUAUCUCUGGUAUUUUCACAGUUGCAGCACAUUAUUACAUUUUGGAUUGCAUUUUCUCGCAAAGAGGUGAUAUUGUAACAUUGUAUAUGUUCGUGUGGUUGUCAUAUUUGUCCAAGAAACUCGAGAGAAUGUGUAGUAAUAAUUAUUUAUUUACGUCGUGUAUGUCAUUGUUUUUGCUGGACACAACUGUAUUUACAUAUUGAGACAUUGCUUGCCUUCGCAGACGCAAGUUCACACUCAAAUGCAUGUUGACACAGCUUGGUAGCUUGGGAAGAGUUAAUUUGCACCAUCAUUUAGACGCGAUUCCAACAGAAUUACUUUUGUUUCCAUGUUACCAGUAGUGAGUGCUAGCGUGCCCGAGUGUAAAUGAUGGAGAUAUUUGAUAAUUACCCGCAGUUGACAAAGGUAAAGGAUGACAACAACAAAUUAAGAUCGAUGUGAUAACUUUUCAUUCCAUUAUGUACACGCGCAUUGAAUGUCAUUGCUGCACCGCUGCAAAUGUACUUAAGAAAUGUUUUAUAUCUGCUGUGUGUGGAUUAAAAAAAGGAAUAUGAAUAUCCAAUGAAUGAUAAUUAUGGUUACAAAAUUGUCUACUUUUUACAAAAUUCAUGGGGAUAAAAAGUGACAUGUUUCUUACAAAGUACAGCAACAUACAGAUAAAAGUAGCGUUGCCUGGAUCGUAUAGGGCAGGGGUCGGCAACCUACGGCUCCGGAGCCGCAUGCGGCUCUUUACGGGCUGCUUCUUGACGAUAUGUACGUGAGUACAGUAUGUACUCAGAUGCAUUGCGGCUCUUGAAAUACUGAAUUUUGUACCGAAUUGGAAAGAAAUGGCUCUUCUUGUUAUUUUGGUUGCCGACCCCUGGUAUAGGGGAUGGGACGUUUCCACCUUGUGGGAUGCUUAGUCUGCUUGCAAUUAAUCGGAAAUGCAUUGGAUCAAGCACUUUGCUGGACAGAAAUGACUGGUCCACCGACACGUGAGUUACAUUGGUUGGUAGCUUCGGUUUCAUGUGUGCGCCCCUGUGUGUUUGUGUGUGUGCAAUUAUGUGCGUGUGUACACACGCCAUGUGUGCGUAUGCAUUUACGGUGCAACGUCACGUACGUGACUCGCUGGGCACUGAGAUGCGGGCGGAUAAUGUUAUGGUCAGAUGCGUGAAGUUACACUGUACAUCUUUAUACAACAAUGACUUUGUAACAAUACGAACGUGCAUUGGUCUGUUUCGUGUUGUGAUUAAGACACUUGUAUUAAAUGCUGUGUACAUGGAGCAAUAUACGGUAUAUGUAUUCCACACAGUUUAUCCAGUUUUACAAAAGCUAACAAUGUCUGAAUAAUCACCCAUAACACACAACCAGUAAGGAUGUUUAAUCUAUUUUACGACAUAGCAGCACAAGAUAUAUAUUUUAAUGUUUGGAUGUGCAUCGCAGAAGGGAAGUUAAUUUCUGUCAUAACUUAUGAUUCGGGCAUCGAUGCAAAUGCAAGUUCUUGCAUAGAAAGAUUGCAAGUCUACGAUAAUGUUCCCUAGCUUGUGGGUGCAGUUUGUCUUGAUUACUUAAUUCACGGUGUUGAGUUCAUUUCAUUGGUUUUUGUUCAGUGGUUGACAGUUCUGGGAGCAGGAUAAGUAACACAGUGGUUUGUGCAGAAUCAACUCGAUUGAAAGCAACAGACGAUGUAAUUGUGACAAGUUCCCAAUAAAAUAAGGGGAUGGUUAAACAUGACAUUGCAUUGCAUGGUGUGAGAAUGUUAACAUCUAAAGAAAAUGGUUUACACUACAGUGUAAAUAUAUACCCACCGUUUCUCUUCAGAAUCGUGAGAUGCGGUCACAUUUAGCUUCUAUAUAAAUUCAAAUACAAAGUGUAAUUUCACAUACACCCCCAUACUCCAGGUGAGACCAAAAAUGUGGAAACGGGUCCAAAGUUUGCUUAACAAGUGCUGAAAGGCCAAGAGAUGUAUGUACUAUAAAAUAUUUGAUGUGUACAUACAAAAUAGUAGUAUAUUUAAUUAUUUAAUUACCCAGAAUGCUCCAGUACAGUACGUAGUUGUUAUUUUUUUUGGCGUAGUUCUGUGGGCUGUAAUACUGACUAGGAAUAGCCCUGCAUUUGAAAAGACUGCUUUGAGAUGUUGAAAAUGUUAAUUCCAUGCGCAUAGUGAAGUAGUAGCUGUAAUGUCACCUGUUACUUCAUUUGAAAUCUGACAUGGGAUAUGACUUCAACACGAACUUGAGGCACGGGUGCAAAAUAAAUAUUGGCAUUUUGUCCAGCCAUGAAGUACGUAAUCUGACCAUUUGUAUUCUGCCCGUUAAUACUCCUGGAAAUAGGGAAAUAACGAUGUACACAAAUCUGAAAAACUGUGAGCUUGAGACAGCCAGAGUGAUGGACUGCAGAACGUGUGUGUGCACGAAGUGAAGAAAGGUACAGAGUUGCAAGCCCAAUCACAAUAAUGGCAUGUUUAGACAGGUCCUUAGAAUACUAAAUUACAAACUAAGAUGUCAAGAUCCUCCCAAUUCAAACAAACACAGGGCUAUACAUCACAUCUUGUUUACAGACCUCAGCAAGUGGUGUAAUUCCACAU